UUUAGGCGGUGCAACAAGCUGCACUUCCGGUCCACAUGUAAACGCUGCAGCGUGAUUUAAACGUAGAUGAAAGACUGUUGACUUUCAUAGUAAAUAAACGUUAAAGUAGUGCCGAACCGGUGACAGUUGUUUGUAAACAUGAAGCUGCUCACGCACAACAUGUUGACGUCUCACGUGAAGGGCGUCACUAAAGGAUACCCGCUGCUCAUCAAGGCAACUGAGGUGAAGGUAAAUGAGGUAGACUUCAACCCUCAGUUUGUCUCCCGGAUGAUCCCCAAACUGGAGUGGAGCGCUCUGGUCCAGGCUGCAGACGAGUUGGGUCAUCGGCAGGACCUGCCAGGUGAGCUGGUGCCAGAGUAUGAGAGCAACGAAGACUUCCUGAAGAAAGUUCACAGAGUGCUUUUAGAGGUGGAGGUGAUAGAGGGCUGCCUGCAGUGCCCUGAAUCAGGACGAGAGUUCCCAAUAUCCAGAGGAAUCCCCAACAUGCUGCUGAGCGAGGACGAGGUGUAGACAGCAGCUCCACAACAUCAACAUUUCUCAUACGCAUCCUCGCCCCAAACUGUCACUUGAAUGGGAUUGUGGGUAUUCACAGAGAAGAGAGAGGCUGGACUUAAGUUGGUGCCAUGAGAAAAAUAGGCCACACUGUUUGUACGAUUGUUGUUAUGACAUUUAAGUGGCUGAUGCUGCCAGAGGAGGAAUAACAGAUGGAAAUGUUCCCAGAGAGUAACCCCCGGUGGUUUUAUCUGUAUUUAUUUUUGUAACUGUUUGGGUUCUCUUCUUUUCUUUUUUUUCAAUAAAACUGUCCUUAUUUCAAUUACAGACAAAA